AUGACUAACAGAGGAUGUGAAACCAUCCAGGGUCUGAGGGAGAACCUGACGCAGGCCAUCGACCAGCUGACGGGAGCGGACUCCUAUGUGGCCGUGUCCUCAGGAGGAGAACUUUUCCUGCGUUUCAUCAGCCUCACGUCCCUGGAGCACGAUGAUCUGUCACGAUGCAAGAAAGUUAUGGUUGAAAGAGGGGAACUUUUCCUGAAGAAAAUCUCUCUCUCCAGGAACAAAAAGUUGUGUCGCCAAGCUGUGCCACACCUUCAUAAAAGACGGAGCGAAAAUCCUGACGCACUCGUCCUCCAGAGUGGUGCUGAGGGUGCUGGAGAAGGCAGCGGCCGAGAAGAAGCGCUUCACCGUGUACGUCACAGAAUCCCAGCCGGACUCCGCAGGGAAAAAAAUGGCAGAGGCAUUGAAAAAUCUCAACGUUCCUGUCACUGUAGUUUUAGAUGCUGCCGUGGGGUACAUCAUGGAGAAGGUGGACCUGGUGAUAGUGGGAGCGGAAGGAGUGGUGGAGAGCGGAGUAGUCAUCAACAAGGAUUUGCAGUGCGGGGUCCUGCAAUGCCCCUAAUUGUCCAGUUGGGGGCGUCUGUGACGUUGCCGUGCUCUGUGGAUACCCCACUACCUCUGCACGAGCUGGAGGUGCAGUGGAUGAGGGAGGAUUCUGGAUCCCUGGUGCAUCUGUUCCAGGAAGGAGAGAGUAGGCCAGGAUCACAGAGCCCAGCUUACAGCGGCAGGGCCGAUUUUUUCUCUGAAGAAAUCUCCAAAGGAAACUUCUCUCUGCUGCUUAGGAAUGUCACUACUGAAGACAAAGGGCUGUACAAGUGUGUAGUUCACACUGAACACGAGUCCCAUGAAACAAAGGUGAAAAUAGAUAUUGAAUGGCUGGUUGUGACUGGUGCAGACGUGCCAGUAUUUGCAUAUGCUGGUGAAGAUGUGAUUCUGAACUGCUCAGUGGACACCCAUGUUCCUCUCAAAGAGUUAGAAGUAGAGUGGAUAAAGACAAAUGGGGAAAUCCUGGUGCUGCUGUUUUCUGAGGGGGAGAACAGACCAGAGUCACAGCAUGAGAGAUUCAGGGGGCGUGCUGCGUUCUUCAGUGAGGAGAUUCCCAAAGGAAACUUCUCUCUGAAACUGAGGGAUGUAAAAACAGAAGACAGGGGGGAAUUCAUGUGCAAAGUCCAUACAAACAGAGAAUCAGUCAAUGCAACGGCAUGGCUACAAGAACAGGGUUUUUCCACCUUACAUUUAUGUGUCCUGGGCUUAACCAUUGCUGCAGCGGCUUUUGCAGUUGUAAGCUGCAUUCCUGCUCUUUGGUAUAUAAACAAAGAAAGACAAGAAAAAAUCAAGAAAGAAAAAAUCAAGAAAGAAAAAAUCAAGAAAGAAAAAAUCAAGAAAGAAAAAAUCAAAGAAGAGAGUUGUCCACCCAGUGACUCCGUCGCUAAUGAAGAUGAUGCAGAGGAGAGUUGUCCACCCAGUGACCCCGUCGCUAAUGAAGAUGAUGCAGAGGGUAAUAGCAACAGAGCUGUGUUGCUAUAUUGCCUUCAAGUGUCCGUUCCAUGCAUCCUGAUGUCCAUUGCAUUCGCCAUAUGGGGUUAUAUUGAAAGCUCUAUUGGAGAGGCUUAUGUUGGCAGUACAAUAAAUCUCAUGAGGAUUCUUGUGAUUUUUAAGGUGGCUCCAUAUACACUUCCUGGUACAUGUUACACAAGAUUCACAAACAAGGCUCUGCGAUUGGAAAAGUUUGUCAUUACAACAGGGGUAAAUUCUAUUCUUCUCCAUAAGCUUUUGGCAUCUGCCGCAGAUGUAGAAACAAAAUUAUUUUCUGGACUCAUGUUUGCAGUUGUCCUGUUCAAGCAAUUAACAAAAGAUAAAUUAGGUUUGUUUUAUUUGGAUUUUGACAGCAUUGAAAUGGAAAUAUUAUUUCUGAUUAUCACACGUUCUGCAUAUGGUUUUUCAGUGGUGUUCAUUAUUUGGUUUAUUCAACCUGCUUUAUCUGAUAUGCGGUUAUCACUGAGAACUGCUUUAUACAAAAGAAGGUAUCUAUCUUUAUCUUCAAAAACCCCUAAUGUGCUUAAUUUCAUUCUUAAAAGAACAAUCUACCUUCUGGUUCUGAUCAUCCUUUCAGAAAGGGAUAAAGAAUACCCGGCAUUGAUGUCUUUCAUUGUAUUCCUCCUGAUCCUGAUGCCAAUACAGGAAUUUAACCACAGGAGUAAUUUCCCUGCUGUUCUUCAUAUCCUAGUAUAUGUGUUUGGUUCUGCUGUCCUAAGUGUCCUUAAUUCAGUUGCUCUAGCAACAGAAGUCAUUCUGAAAGCAGAAAAUGGGGAACGAACUGUGGAUCUUCGGUUGAUCAUCUUUCCCCUUGAGUCUUUCUUUUUGGCCUGUUGGCUAGUUUUACAGAUCUAUGCAUACUGGAUGGCGCAUACAGGAAUUAAAGAAGACUUGGAGCGCAUUGUCCACAGCUGCAAAAUCUGUGGCCAAUCUUCAACAUCAUCUCAGCAAAAUCAGGGAACAGAUGAUGGUCUCAGUGAGGUGUAAAGGAUCCUCUUAUCUACAGAAUGACACAGUCUUAAGGCCUGAUUCUGUGUACCCACAAUGCACUUUGUAAUAUUUGUCUUUGCUAAUUAGUACACAGAAUUAUGACGUCAUUCGUCUCAAAACAUCACUCCUACGUUUCCGUGUUAAUACUGCUCCAUGCUGAAAAAAUGUUCCUGGUCUAUUUAUCACAGUGUUUCUCAACCCUGGUCCUGGGGACCCACUGUGUAUGCUGGUUUUUGUCAUUGCCAUUCUCUUAGUUGAUCAGUUAAGGUUGUUGAAAGUGUGCUUUAUCAUAACUGUGUGGUUAAACUUAUUUUAGCACAAUGAAGGUUUGGCUUGUUGCUAUUUGCUGUCAGUAAAUUCCUUUCAUUGAGUAACUUGCCAUUUUUGCCAAACAUGUUUUUCUUCAGAUAUUGCCUACAGCACAGUAAAUGAAAGCAUAAGUUGGUCUGACCAAUUGAAAUUCCUUGGAUGUGAAUAUGGGACAUUCAUUUUUACAGGCAUAUAUAGGUAUUUCUGGCAUAAUGUGGGUUUAGGGGGGCACUUUGUCAUUCAGUAGAUGCAAAAAGUCUAAUUAAGAACAAUUAGAAGCUUAUUACAAUGCAACACUCGUUACUGCGGUUGGAACAAACAGCAGCAUAAACAUGGGUCCCCAGGCCCAGGAUUGAUAAAUAUUGAAUUAGGGACUGUGGAAGUAUGCUUCUCCUGUAGGCUUUUAAUGUUUUUACAUUUCUGCUUAUAAAAGAUUGUAUUGAUCAAGAAUAUAGUUAAAUGUAUGUGAUUAUGUGAAGAUCAAUGAAGAACAGCAGGUGUUCUGUGUUACGUCUUAGAAUUUGUAACUAAGGAAAUACUGUGGCCUCUUUGUACACUGAUGCAUACGAUCUAGAGAAUCUUUGAAUCCCAGUUGCAGGAGGAAAAUUGUAAACAUUUACUUAUUGGAAUUUUGUAAGUAACUUAUGUUGGGAAACAGUCUUGUGCAGUCCUUUGAGUUGCAAGAGAAGAGAAAGGACACUGACCUAGAAAGAACCGUUUUGCUAUAUCUAGUUAUUGUAUAUAUUAUAUUCUAUUAAAAUGAAUGAAUGAAAAUCAAAUUAAUAACAGCAACAGUAAUAGUAUACACAUUCUGUUAGAACAUGUUGAUGUGUUUGUAUAUGAGUUAAAUAUUUCAUUUGGAUUACAGCAUGUAUUGAAUGCAUUUAAAGUGCAUGUACAUUGGAACCGGAAGAUUAAACAAUUGUUAAUCAUGAGAACAAAUACUUGUUAUUUAAGUCAUGCAUAUACAUACUUUUGUAAGUGUGUGUGGUGAAAUAUCUGUCAUUUAUUGAAAUUGAAAAAUAGCUAUUGUUAAACUAGCUGGUGAAACAUAAGUGUGACCUAGGCUGGGAUUGGUUGUUUUAGAGGGAAGAUACAUCAUGGUAGAGGGAGAUCUGAAUGUAUAAAAAAUGGAUGUAAAAUGUAAUUCGGAGAGCUCUCUGUGUGUCUUUAUGGUACUGGAGACCUCCCAUAGGCCUAUGUGAAAUAAUAAGAUAAGAAGAAUAAAAUUAAGAGUAUUAGAAGAAAUCAUAGUUUCUAGUCUUUCUUCUUACAUCACCGACUCACCCAUCGAACCUAAGAGGAGGUUUCCUCCACAGGAUGCUUUUGUUCCCCAAGAACAUCUUGGUUGCAUUCCAUUGAACCUAGCUGGUUAUAUUCAAUGAUGUAAAAAAUAACUUGUAGAUCCAGAUGUUAGUAAACUGUCGCUGUCACCAUUUUUGUUGAAUUCAAUUCCACUUUGUGUUCUGCAAUUUCUGUUUUACAGACACUGUCAUAAAGACAGAUUAGAGGAAAACUGCACUUGAAUUGUACAUUAUGACAUUGCUGUGCAAAUAAAUAGAUGUUACUUGUCUUGUU